CUAAACAGUGUAAUUAACUGCAGUUAACAUGAAACAAUUUGUUGUGCUCCUUGCUCUGGCCGUUGCCUCAGCUAGCGCCAAUGUGAUCGGCAUGCCUGGCUUUCCCGAGGGACGCAUCAUCAAUGGACAUGAGGCCAGACCCAACGAGGCACCCUUCAUUGUGUCCUUGCAGACAACCAAAGGAGCUCAUUAUUGUGCUGGCUCUCUGAUCAAUGAGCGUACCGUUCUGACCGCCGCCCAUUGCCUGAUCUAUUCGGACUUCCAACUGGUUGCCGGUGGCCACAGCCAAUCCGAUAAUUCCGAGACGCAGGUGCGCAAGGGAAGUGACAAGCGCCAGACUGUCCAUGCACAAUACUCAGGCGGUGUUGGUCCCUAUGAUAUCGGUCUGAUCUUCCUCGAUACACCCUUCAAUCUGAAUGCGAUCGCCCGUGAUGGUAGUGCACCCGUUGCAGCCAUCUCGCUGCCCAACAAUUACUUUUCGGCCAACAGUGAUGGUGUGCUCUUUGGCUGGGGACGCGACAACGCUGGCAAGUUGCCCGACAAACUGCAGAAACUGGAUGCGGACAUUAUUGGGUACAAUGAUUGCGCAGCUGCGAUGCCCAAGGGCAAUAAGUUGGACCAGACUAACAUUUGCACCUAUACCGCUGGUACUACCGAUGGUGCCUGCAAUGGCGAUAGUGGCGGUCCCCUGGUUACCAAGAAGUCCGAUGGCAGCUAUGAGCUAGUUGGUAUUGUCUCUUGGGGCUAUACUCCCUGUGCCACCACCAAAUAUCCCUCUGCAUACACCUCGACUGGUGCCCAUGCCAGCUGGAUCAAGGAACACAUCAAUGACUUUUAAACUGCGACAUUCUAUAAACUGAUUAAAAAUAUAUAUACUUUUGUGCAUUA